AUGAACGCUGGAGCUUACGGUACCCCACAGCCACGACAACCUGUCCAGCAAAUGGCUUACAUUUGUGCCGCCUGCGGCAGCGAAAACACAAUCAAACCUCGUGAGCCUAUACGAUGCCAGGAUUGCGGACACAGAAUCAUGUACAAGAAGAGAACUAGACGUAUGGUUCAGUUUGAAGCUCGCUAA